ACUGUUUAUUUCAGUCAGGAGAAACCUUUGGCAGCCCUGCAGGCUGAAAGACAUUAUAAGGAGUGAAACACUACGCCUCACGGAGGAGUUCUUUGAGUGUCGUCAUACUGAUUUUCCUGGAGCUGCAAGGAAGAACCAAGCUUCCUCUGAUUUUCCCUUUGGCCGGUGGUUUAACUUGGCAUCCAAACAGAGCGACACCACAAAAUUCCAAAGAGCAACACAAGCUGACAUAAAGUCAAACAGGGAGAAGAGGAGCAGCCAUGACUGUGAGAGCAGCAGUGACUGGACUGGUUAUCUUUCUUCUCUCUGUGCCAGUGGUCCAGAGUCAGAAUGGCUGGGGAGUGACUUAUUCACAAACUGAAGUCUGUGCCUUGGAAGGAUCAACAAUGGAACUAAGCUGCACCUACACAUAUCCAUAUUCUGACUAUUAUAGAGUUACUGAAUCAUUCUGGUUUACUAAAACACAGAAUAAUGAACCUGUUGAUGUGAGAACAGAUUCACAGUAUAAAGGACGUGUGACGUACAGUUUUGGAUGGAAACGCUGCACUCUGAGAAUCACUAACGUAGAGAAGAGAGACUCAGCUACGUACAAGUUCAGAUUCAUAACAAACCAAGUUGGUGGCAGAUUUAUAGGAAACCCUGGAGUCAUUUUGUCUGUUAAAGUUCCAGAUCUUCAGGUGCAGAGAAUUAAUUCAUGGUCCUCCAAGCUAGAACUGAAAUGUCACAGCCGUUGUCUUUUACCUCCUCAUGUCUCCUAAAGUCCUUAAGUCGACUUUCAUGGCAAAAACACACCUUCACACACACACUACAGCAAAAUUGGACUUAAAGCUGACUGAAAGUAAUCUGAAACAUAAAAGAUUAAAAUGUAAAUACAGUAAAAGUGAUUUAACUAUUGAUGAAAGCAAUUAUAAGAAGAGCAAAAUAAACAAGUAGUUUCCAGUUUCUGAAUGUGUCUGACAGCCAUGAGAGCUGUGAGAGAUGGUCACUGAAAACUGAAAUGUGAGAUAUCUCAAUAAGUGGCCAUGAACAAAGUAAGAUCAAAUUAAACUGUCGCAUAUAUUCUUAACAUCAACUUUAUCAGAAAAAAAGAGACCAAGAAAAUAAGUCUCAUAAUGAUAGCAAUGGCAAUUAAAAAGUGAUGAAUAUAAAUAAAUAUCAGAUGAUUUUAAGAUAGAAGGAGGCUGGUAGUGGAGCAGGUAUAUAGACAGGAGGAGGUAGUCAGGUGUACUAAGGCUGUGGCUCAGGCUAAACAGGGACAGUGGAUGAACUGGGAGAGUGCAGAGAAGAGGAAGCUGAGUUGGAGAAACCUAUGGAGUAUGGAGGACAGUAGGGUCAAAUUCCUGUUAGGGGCUACCCAUGAUGUCCCACCAUCAUCCCAGAACCUAAAAUGCUGGGUUGACAGGUCCCAUCAUGUCCUUUGUGCUCAUGACAGCAACUUUGAGGCUCAUCUUGACAGGAUGUAGGAUCAGUUUGUCACAAGGUAGAUACACAUGGAGACAUGACAGAGAUGUGAAAAGUCUAGCAGCAGGAAUUGAAAACAGAAGGUGACAGGUGAAUGCAGGAUGUAAUCAGGGAGAGAGGACAGGUGUUUAAGUUUGUUUGGGAGGGAGAGGAAGUUAAAGGAGGCAGGUUUUUAGGUAGGAACCAGUCAGGCCAGUUUAAGAGUGCUAAGGACUGGGAGAUGCAGGUAGAUUUGGGAGGGAAACUUGUGCCACCGGAGAUAGUUUGAGGCCUGACACAGUGCUAUGGUCUGCCAGUCAGCAUAUAGUUUACUCUACAGAGCAGUUCAUUGGGAGGAUUCUGUGGAGGAAGCUCAGGAGGAAAAAAUAUAGAUGAACAGAUUUAGGAGCAGAAGCUGACAGAGGAAAGUUAGGACUCGUCCAGUAGAAAUGCCCUCUCUCUCGCUCUCUCUCUCUCUCUCUAUUCCAAUCUUUGUCAUUUUCUCUUUUGUACUUUUUUGUUUUAUUACACACAACUGUUUGUACCAUGAGCAGUUGUCUUUCUGUAGUUGCAGUUAUGAGUGUUGUUAGGUAAGGUGGUAUCAGCAUUGUCACUACCUGGAGCUUACAUGUACAGAGCCUGGGUCUGUUGAGGGUGGGAUUGCUGUUUAAACUGUGUGGGCCAGGUAGAAAGGUAGGAAAGAUAAUGUCUCCAUGUUGGCAUGGUGGGUGGUGAGAGCUAGCAUGGAGGGUGGUGGCUCUGGAGAUCACUGUUCAGCCCUCUGGAGGUGUUGUGGGACUAACUGGAUAAACACUGACAAAGGAGGGUUCCCACUUCAGAGCCCUGGUGAAGUGCUGGUUCCUUGCUACCCAUUGGUUUGCACCAAUGGGUAGCAAUGGUUGAGUUGAGGAGGCAAAUAGUAAUAGAUAAGAGAUUUCUUCACUUAGCACUAUUCCUUUUGUAGGGCCCAAGUAUCUUGAAUUUACUCAGAAGAGACUUUGCUGUUAUGACUUAAAAUGAAAUAGACAUUUCUACCUCCAUAGUAAGCAUCAUAAAGCUGUGACAAAAAUACUGACCACAAAACAACAAACAUGACUGCUGAGUGACACACGUCAGUUUCUUCCUCAGAUGCUCCCAAAGGUCCCUCUGUAGUUUUGAACUCCACUGGUGAGAUAGUGGAGAGCUCCUCUGUGACACUGACCUGCAGCACUGAUGCUAACCCAGCCGCUAAUAUCACCUGGUUCAAGAGGAACGGACACCAAGACUUUGAACCUUUCAGCAGUGAACAACAGCUCAUCUUCAGCUCCAUCCAGUCCUCUGAUGCAGGAGAGUAUAGGUGUAGAGCAGAGAACAGUCUGGGGCGGAGAACAUCUGCACACAUCAUUAUUGAUGUCAAAUAUGCUCCCAGGCUUCCCUCUGUGUCAGUGAGUCCUUCUGGUAAAAUCAUGGAGGGCAGUUCAGUGAAUCUGACCUGUAGCAGUGAUGCUAAUCCAGCAGCUAAUUACACCUGGUACAAGGAGAACCAAACAGCACCUCAGGGACUACAAGGCCUUUAUGGUUUCACCACCAUCAGCCCUGAGGACAGAGGGACAUACUACUGCAGAUCUGAGAAUCAGUAUGGAUGGAUCAACUCCUCUCCUGUAUUUAUAGAUGUCCAGUAUGCUCCAAAGCUUCCCUCAGUGUCAGUGAGUCCUGUGGAUGAGAUCAUGGAGGGCAGUUCAGUGAAUCUGACCUGUAGCAGUGAUGCUAAUCCAGCAGCUAAUUACACCUGGUACAAGGAGAACCAAACAGCACCUCAGGGACAAAAAGGCACUUAUUCUUUCACCACUAUCCGGUCCAAGGACAGUGGGAUGUACUCCUGCAAGUCUGAGAACAAGUAUGGUCACAAGACCUCCAAAGGAUUCUGUAUCGAUGUUCAGUACGCCCCACGACUUCCUUCAGUGUCUCUGAGUCCGUCUGCUGCCAUAGUAGAGGGCACUUCACUAAAUCUGACCUGUAGCAGUGAUGCUAACCCAGCAGCUAAUUACACCUGGUACAAGGUUAAUGAGGAAACAUCAGUAGCAUCAGGACAGAUCUUCAUCAUCAGUGACAUUAGAUCUGAACAUGGUGGGAAUUAUUACUGUGAAGCUCACAACACAAGAGGGCGCCAUAACUCUACCUUACAUCUGGUUGUUGUUUCUGGUUCAGUGAAAUCAGUAGCUGUUGGAUUGGUCACUGUUAUUUUCCUGGUUAUCAUUCUCCUCUCCAUCUCCCUGUUGAUAAGAAAAAAGAGAUCCUCAGGAGAAACCAACAAGCCUGGAGGAAGGCUGGGCAAUGAAGGACAGCUCAAUAUGGCCUCAGCUAAUGAUGACCCACCAGCUUCAGCACAAAGACAGCCAGCUGAGGAACAGGGAGAACUGUGUAACGCCACUGUAAGCUUCUCAAAAAACAAUGAAGACCCUCUCUACUCCAACACUUUGCAAACUAAACUGGACAGACCGAAGACCAAAAAGGAGGAAGAGGAGGAUGACGUGGAAUAAUCUGUGGUCAAAAUUACAAGUGCUAGUUCCCUCCAACAAUCAAGAUAUCAGGAGGUUGUUGAGGAUCCAUCUGAACUGUACAGCACGGUCAACAAGAAACCAAGAGCAUGAAUGUAAAUUACAACAAAACCCAAAUGUGUUUAUUUAUUAUAAAAACCUGUCAUUACCAUUUACUGCCAUUCAUUUAGAUGGAACAUCUUCAACCAGGAAGGGGCGGGGCCAGCAUUGCUUGCAGAGCACCUGGAUGGAUUGUUGUGUUCAGUUAUAAAGCAUCAAAUUAGGCCCUUUGUUUUUGGAAAAGGUUAGUUAAGCUCGGCGAAAUUACAUUGCUGGUGUGGAAGCUUGCAUUGACUUGCUACAGGUUCAAAAAAUACACAAGGACCUUUAUGAUAUUUAAUUCAAAGCUUUUGCAUUGCCAUCACAAGUUUUUUUUUGUCUUAUAGAGUCUUUACACUCUGUGGUUAUUGAUCUUUAAUGUAGAUAAUUGCACUGAUGAAUGUUAAAAAAUAUCUGAUAUCUUUUAUCUUUUAUAAAACAAUAUUAAUUUAAUGAAAUCUUUCUAAUGCUUCGAGGUUUUCAUGAAAGUUCAGUAUUUUAUUUUCCUUGUUUUAUUCAGUCUGAGGUAGCUAUCAGGCUAAACAACAGUCUUUGUUACUGUUUGUCUGCUUUUUGGUGUUAAUAUCAGAAAUAUGAAAGGUCUAUGAGUCGUACUCUGAUCUGAUCUUUUUUAGUCACACCUUUCCCAAACCAAAACUUCAGAAAAACAGUUCAGACUGAAUUUGUUAAUGCUUUAAUGUAAAUUGACAAAUUUGGUAGGAGAUUUGAUAAUGCUGACAAAGCAAUAUUUAAGUGUAAAACUCGCAUUGUUAUAAUCCAAAGUCAUUCUGUCCAGUCAUUUACAAAAAUGUAUUGGUCUGAUAUUUUAUAGGAAAAAUGUUGAUAAAGGUGAACUUAUAUUUGAUAUCAUGUUAUUUUUAGCUAACAGUUAUUCCUGCAUUGCACACAGUCAUGAAGGAUCAGCCUCUCCUUUAGUAUGGGGUUAUGCAAUAUAAAUUUGGCAAUUUUAAACGUUGGUGCUCCAUAACGAUAUGUUUUCAUAUAUUUUAUGGUGCUAAUAGUAAUAACUUUAUUUUUGUAUCACUUUUAAAAACAAGAUUUACAACCUGCUUUGACAUGUUCAGAAGCAAACAGAAGAGCAGAGCAACUAGACCAAAGACUGAUCAUGUACGGUUCAUAAUAAGACAUAAAAAUACAGAGAAAAUACACUCCAGAUCCAGAAAAUACAGAUCUCAGAGACGCUGCACGUCUCACACACAGAGAAUUUUAAGAUUUGAGGUCUCUUCUAUUUUUUCCUUGCACCACGAGCGGUUAUCGGUCAAACUAGACCUAGUAACCCUAAAUGCAAUGUGCAAUAGUGGGAGGUGUCCAUUGCCCACUUUUUUAAAAUUAUUUUUUUACCUUUAAAUGUAAUUUAUUUAACUCCUCACUGAAAAGUCACUGUGAAUAUUUCAUAAAUGCUUUACCCUGACCAACAUAACCUUUAUCAACAUCUCAUUAAAAACCUCUGAAACAUC